UUGAAAACAACACAAACUAGAGACUCGAGAACAAAUAUAAGGGCCUUUAACUCUAUUACUUAAACCAUAUUCAGUUCAGAAUCAACAGUUCACAGCUCUUUCAAACAAAGCGACAAAGAUUGGAGACUCUUCAAUAAAACCAUAAUCGCCCAACUGUUACAGCAGAGUUUACACAAAGCCAAUGACCUAGCUUGCAGCAAAUGGUAGAUCGUUUUUAAACUGGAUUUUUUUUUCAAUGAAUUGAAUAAGCUGUACCUAAACUCAUAAACAUAGAGAUUAUACUAAACAACAGAUUACAUACCAGUACUGUAGGUCUUAAAUUCCAGCAAGUAGUUAUCAUAUUUGGCACAUGUAUCUAGUAAAAAAUAUAAUAUAUUAUAGAUGGAAAUGGAAUAGUGAUGAAAGGUCCCAAGGUAUUUGCAUGAUCAAGUUCAAAAAGAUGAGUAAAAUAUGAAAACAAGAACCUCUUAUGAUAAAUCAGAUAAUUGACAUAUGGGACAACCUGUAAACUUUGCAUUAAGAACCUGUUGCGCCCAGUGUUUGCUGUAAAACCAGAAUUUGUACAGAUAAGAAACAAACUGUAGACUAGUAAUAUUACUAAUUUCCCUCAUACAAACUCCAGUUCUUUAUUCAAGCAUUUGUUAUUUUAUGGAGCUGAAAACAAUGUGCCAUGAACAAACACCAGCUACUGACGAAAAACGAUCCCCAUGAUACUGAAUAGGCCAUUCAAAUCGAUCCCCAUCAGCAGCUUUGGAUUAGUCUAAGAGCCAAAAGACUCGGUAACAUUGUCUUGUUUUAUGAGAAUAGAAGGAUGCAACGCAGGGAUGAUUGUUUCUAUGAGAGAAUAAUUGGGAGUGUUUGUGACUGACAAGCGUUACAGUAAGAGAAUUAACGAACCUUGUGUCCCCAGAAUGACAAUCAGGUCGCGAGGUUGCAAUCAUGGAAAUCGGUUGUCGCCUCUUCAGAAGGGUCCGCGAAGGCAGACCAGAGGCGUGCAAGCCGAGAUGCUUCCAAGCUGGGAAGUUGCCAAUGGUCUCUGAUUAAUGGGAAGACUUGGGAAUUUCAAGAGGCAGAUUGAGGGAGAAGAAAAGAAAGAAUAAGAGAGGCGGACGGACGGUGGCAAAGGGGAGGAGUCAGGGGAAGAAGGCUAGGGUGCGGUUGCGGGACGGGAGCCGAUACAAUAACAACAGGGGUAAAAGGGUCACAUUGACCCAAAAUUAAUAAAAUAAAAAUUAAAUUAAUUGACUUUCUCGGCUCAUGCACUCUCUUCCUCUCCAACAUAAAUUGCUCCCAGUCCCGGAUCUACACCCCCUGUGCGUCAGCAUCAUCCCCGAAGAAUACGGCAGCGCCACCACAUCGUCGGGAUUUAUCUUCACCGCGGGGAGAAUCGGAUCAAUUUCGCCUCCCUUCCCCAGAUCCGAGAAUUUGAAAAACAGAGCAUCGUCGUCAAUCGUGACGAUUUUCGCUUCCAGUUUGAUUUUUUCGGCGAAAUUGGAAAGCGUGAUCACGAGCUUAGCUUUUGAGACGGCGAGCUGCUUGGCGAUUUUCAACCGGGGUGUAGAAAGGAUUUGCGGUGGUGACGACGGCGCCGAGGAAGGCAGGAGACGAGCGAGAGGGAGUAAUCGAUCCAGGACUUGGUGCGCCAGGAAUGGAAGACGAUUGUUACCUCCCACUCCCAGUUACCUUACGGAUUGAUGAGGUGAAUGAUGGGGAGAAAGGAGUUGGUGGUGAGGAAGCCAUCUAUAUUUUUUUUGACAAUGAGGAAGCCAUCUAUAGUGAAUGAGUGAUUCUACUAUUAGUAAUGUGACUGUCACUUGCUCCCGAAGUUGGCUUAGCUGCAAGAAGAUGUAUCAUGUAACUGUUUAUAUAAAGUGAAAUGGGUGGG